CCCAGCCGUCAAGAUGAAGUUCUCCACCACCCUCGUCGCCACCUUUGCUUCGCUCUCCGUGGCCGCUCCCGCCCACAAGCGCCAGGCCGAUGACACCGCCUCCACCGACGCCAUCAUCAGCGACGUCCUCCCCGGCAUCACCGGCGAGGAGCCCAUCGAGGACACCACCACGUCUUCAUCCUCCGCCGACGCCCUCGCGGCCGCUGACCCCUACGACAUCUACCGCGUCCCCGCCGUGACGCCCACCUUCCCCAUGGAGCAAAACGAUUUCACCGGCAUCCAAGGCGUCCAGUCCAUUUCAGAAGACAAUGACGACGAUGAUGACCUCGUCGACGCCGCCAUUUCCAGCCUUACCGGCGUGGGCCCCCCUUUGACGACCGGUACUGCCACCACCACCACCCGUCUCGACGCCGACGCCGACGCCAACAACAACAGAGCUCUUUCCGUCGACGACGCCUUCGUCAGUGAUGCACAAGCGCAAGCGAUGAUCGACGCCGCUAUUCGCUACGCGCAACAACUCCCUAACUCUGUUGUUGUGCCCAUGCCAUUGAGCACGGGAACUCCCCAAAUCUUCGUGGACCCUUACCUGGGCAACACUACCACCCUCUUCAGCAACUCGACCACCUCCGUCGUCGACCCCACCGCCACCACCACCACUGAUGGCACGGACCUAGUUGCGUCCCUCCAGGCUCUCAAUGACGCUUUGGCUUCGUAUCAGGAUCUCAUGAACGCCACCGCCACUGCCGCUGACAAUGUCAUGACGGGCCGCAAAAUCAAGAUGCUCGGCGACGACAUGCUUUCGGGCAUCCAGCAGAUGGCGAAGCGCGCCGAGAUGGCUGCUGCCGAGCAGGUGCAGAACAAGACGAUGAAGAGUGUGCUGCGUCAGCGGGGUAUGAUGGCUAAUAGCACCAUGUUCGCCAACAAGACGGAGGCGAUUACGAGCAAGACGGUUAUGGAUAAGAUGGGCAGGAAUGGUGUGUUGGAGAGAUAUGUUAAGAUGGUUGCGGGUGAGAACUGA